CCUCCCUCCCUCCCUCCUCUCUUUAUUUCUCUUGGUUUCUCCGCCUCUUCAUGGGAAGAUGAACAACAAAUCCAGCUCCGCCGAAGCCUUUCUCCCGUCGAUGAUGUCCUUUUCUGGGCUGGAAGGCAGCAGCCAAAAGCAGCACCAUAUCUGGGACUGGGAGACCAGCUCCCACAACCCCAACACCACCAUCCCCAGCACCACCUACGAACUCCAGGACCAUGCAGUCUUCCCCUGCGUGCCCUUGCCGGACUGCCCACCGCCUCUCCUCCCCAUGAGCAACUUCCACUUCUACUCGCCGCCGCCGAUGCCCGACUACCCCGUGGUUCUGAUCAAAAGGGAAGACGGCACGGGCGGCUGCGGCCGAAUCGGGCUAAAUUUGGGCCACCGGACCUACUUCUCGUCCGGUGAUGCACUUGCGAUCGACUGGCAGCUCUCGAGGUCGACUCUGAACAAUCAUCAGCCGCGGUGCCAGGCCGAGGGGUGCAAGGCUGACCUCUCCGGGGCGAAGCACUACCACCGCCGCCACAGAGUGUGCGAAUUCCACUCCAAGGCCACCGUCGUCAUCGUCGGUGGGUUACAGCAACGUUUCUGCCAGCAGUGCAGCAGGUUCCAUGUGUUGGCAGAGUUUGACGAGGCCAAAAGAAGCUGCAGAAAGCGCCUAGCUGACCACAACCGCCGGAGGAGGAAGCCUCAACUCCCAACCACCACUACCACAGAGUCGUCACCAUCCGAGAACACCACCACCAACUCCUCUGAGAAGGCCACCACAGACACUCCAGCCAUGAAGACCACAACAGGAACAAUGUGCACCAAGAUCCAUCAACAGUAUCAGAACAAGGGAAACCUGCUCAGGAAUGGACCAGUUUUAUCUCUUGCAGGCGCUGCAGUGGCCGAGGAAAAGGUCUUACAUCAGCAGCAGCAGCAGCAGCCGUCCUCCUCCUCUUCAGCAUUCAACAACAACGACGACGACGACGACAGCUGCCUCCACCACCACAACCUCUUCUGCUCCAGUUCUCAUGAGCCCUUCCAGGCCACCGGAGGGGGGUCAAGCCAAAGCCUUUCCGAUCACCACCAGGGCAACAUCUUCCACCACGGCCAGGCUUCCUUUGAGGUGGACUACAUGUGAUCGGUGUGUUGGAUAUGGAUGAAUCAUGCAUGCAUGACGAGCACACUAAGGGGCUUGUAUCAGUUCUUCUUCUUUCUUCUUCUGGGAAUAAUGUUUUGCUUCUGAGAAACUACCUAGCAGUGUGCAGAGAAGUCCUGUGGAGGACGUUUCUCUUCCUGGAAUGAUUCCAAUUGCAAGAGAUGAUUCUUGUAUUCAUUAACAUCUAU